AUGUCCUCUCAUAUUUCUGCCGAAGAUGAAGACAUCUUCGAGCGUCUUCAACAGCGUGCCGACCCCAAAGUGCAGGACGAGCAACAGAAGGCCGUCAAUGAACGGGUCAAUGCGAUUUACCAAAAGGCACAGGCCCGGCUUGGGGAGCUGAUCGACCAGAAUUCCACUCUACCAUGCACCAUCUCAUCGGUUCAGGUUCUCAAUGCACAUCAUACGCGUAGAGGAUUCUUGGAGCGGAUAUUUGAUCCGUUGUUGGGUGUUAAUCAAAACAGGCCAUACUCCCUCGCCGAGGCCUUGCGGGAAGUCUCGGCACGCGCCGACAAGCUCAGCAGAUUUGAUAUAUUCCAGCAGCCAAUUUCCGUUUUCUUGGAUCACUCGAACAAAGACGGACUGGAUAACAUUGACGUCUUUCUGUCUGUCAAGGAGAAAUCCCGCGUCUUGUUGAAGACAGGAACCGACCUUGGAAAUGCAGAGGGCUCUGCUUAUGGCAAUCUUCUCUGGCGCAAUGUGUUUGGUGGUGCGGAAACACUUAACUUGAACGCUUCGCUGGGUACGAGGACUAGAUCUGCCUAUCAAGCUGCUUUUGAGACACCCAUUCUCAGUGACCCUGAUUUCCGCUUUGAAAUUGGCGGCAUCGCCAGCUCAACAGAAAGGUCUUGGGCGAGUCAUGAGGAGGUGCUGAAGGGAGGCUGGAGCAAGCUCCGCUGGUUGAGCCAAUCUGGACACCGCCAUGAACUCGGGUACAAUGGCUUUUGGAGACAGAUGACCGGUUUGUCGGAGGCUGCAUCCCCCACAGUCCGAGCAGAUGCAGGCGAUAGCGUCAAGAGCAGUGUUUUCCACAGCUGGACCACUGACCGCAGAGACAACCCUAUCCUCCCAUCCCGGGGCUACUACGCCAAAGCAUUCAAUGAAUUGGCUGGCUGGGGCCCAUUGAAGGGCGAUGUAUCUUUCUGGAAAUCUGAAGUUGAAACGCAAGGAGCCGUGCCCAUUCCGAUCCCGGGAGUCAAAGGGGACAGCGGCAUCAGUCUCACUACUGGAUUCCGUGCCGGUCUUUUCUACCCUCUUGGACUUGACUCGAACUCUCGACCUCAACUCUCCCGUGUCAAUGACCGCUUCCAGCUUGGAGGGCCUACUGAUGUUCGUGGUUUCCGCCUUUCUGGUCUCGGCCCUCGCGACGGAGCGGAUGCCGUCGGAGGCGACGUCUAUGCCGCCGGAAGUGCCAAUUUGUUGUUCCCACUCCCCCGUGUGGGAGCUGAGAAGCCUUUGCGAUUGCAGACAUUCAUUAAUGGUGGUCGGCUGUUGCCUCUGCAGACUUCGCAGAAGGAAGCCCCUACUACUGGAGCGGAGGUUCGGGAUGCCAUGUCUUCUACACUUUCCGAGCUAGGCAAUGGUCUGCCCAGUGUUGCAGCAGGAUUCGGACUUGUUUACGCUCACCCAGUCGCCAGAUUUGAGUUGAACUUCUCUCUACCCUUGGUGUUGCGGAAGGGCGAGGAGGGUAGAAAGGGGUUGCAGCUGGGAAUUGCGAAGUUCUCCUGCAAUCUGGCCGCAAUGGCCCAAUACUACCCGCAACAACAGCCCUACGGCAGCCAGGCUUCUGCGCAAAAUCUCCAAUUCUUUCCUUCGUCCUAUGGCUCAGUAUCGGGCCACACUACACCUUCACAAGCUUCUUACGGCGGCUUCGGUGCAGCCUCAAACCCAGCUGCCCAGGCAUACCCAGUUGGUGGAGGUGGUGGAUAUGGUGGGUUUGGGUCUCCGGCUGCUGGAGUGAGUGGGAGGAUGGGCGAUCAAGGUGGUUUGAGGACAGGGUGGCUUGCCGCAUUUGGAACGGAAGGAUAUGACGGAGAGCCGCCGUUGUUGGAGGAGCUUGGAGUCAAUUUUGAGCACAUCAGGACAAAGACUCUGACUGUGUUGAAUCCUUUUGCCCAAAUUGACCAGCAUCUCAUGGAUGACAGCGAUCUCUACGGGGCUCUCCUGUACAUCGUUCUCUAUGGAACGUUCCUUCUCCUCUCUGGCAAAGUCUUCUACGGCUACAUCUACGGCGUUGCGGUAUUUGGAACCGUCGCUUUGCAUUUAAUCCUCAGUCUUAUGUCCCCGGCCCUCGAUACCGUCCCGGCAGCCAACGCAGCAGACCCUACCCACUAUGACCCCCACCACAAACCCUCCAUGUCCGGCACCGCCGUCGGCCACUUUUCUGCAACCUUGACCUUCCCCCGCUCCGCCAGUGUCCUGGGAUACUGCUUCCUACCCCUGGUAAUGACCAGUCUUAUUGGAAUCCUCAUCCCCAUGGACACGAUGUUUGGAUAUCUGUUAACCACAGCCGCCGUCGGGUGGUGCACCUACAGCUCGUCGGGGAUGUUCUGUGCCGUGGCUCGUAUGAGUGGUAUGAGAGGCUUGGUGGCAUACCCGUUGGCAUUGUUCUACGUCGUCUUCGGGAUCAUGGGUAUCUUUUCUUCUCGCGGGAGCGGUACUCUGGCUGCGAAGACUGGCGCUAGCUAA